AUGAACUCUACAAGAAAUGUUGUGAGAGGCAAAUGGAAAACGCUUCGGGACAAUUUUCGUAAAGAGAUGAAAAAAAUACCGGCGAAACGGUCUGGAGACGGGGCUGCUCAAUCAACUGUUUCAUCUUGGCAAUAUUUCGACAGCCUGUGUUUUUUGAGAGAUCAGUUUACUGUACGAUCCAGUGGUGGUAAUUUACCUGAUGAAAUGGCCGAUACCAUUUUGAAUGAAGAUACUGAGACUGAAGUUGAUGAUUACGAAAAAUCUGUAAAUGAAAGCCAGUUACCUUUAGAAAACGAAAAUAUAUCGGCCACGACCCCCGGCGCGACUCUCACUAAGCCUAGCAAAGUGAGAAAACAACAAAACGAUAAAGAUAUCGGCACGGCCCUUGUUAGAAUUGAGGAAACUAAAUUAAAAAUGUUACAAAAUCAGCAAGACCUGUUUUCGCAUUACAUCAAUAAACUCAUUACAAAUAUUCGUUGA